UCCAAGGACUUCCGUUUGUGUUCAUUAACGAUAUUUAUUUCUCUCACAUUAAAUCAUCAGUUGACAGAGACACGCGAUGCCCAGUCAGACUCUGCGUCCCAGACUGUGCGUCCUGGAGAAGGGAGAGAAUGGAUACGGCUUCCACCUUCACGGAGAGAAGGGCAAAACCGGACAGUUCAUCCGCCUGGUCGAGCCCGAUUCCCCCGCCGAGUUCUCAGGUCUGCGCGCGGGCGACAGGCUCGUGUUUGUUAAUGGAGAGCGCGUGGAGACCGACAACCAUCAGCAGGUCGUGGCACGGAUACGCGCGACCGCCGGUAACCUCGAGCUCAUAGUUGUGGAUAUGAACACCGAUCAGCUGCUGAAGAAACACGGGCUGAUAUGCGUGAAGGAGUUUGUCACGGAAGGAGUUCCGGUGCCUGAGUUUGAUGAGCCUGAGAUUGACGACAAGAAGGAGGUGAUGGGAAACGGCCAACCGGGAGACAGUCCGCCGCCGGUGCCGGAGAGAAACGUGGAGAUCAUUCCCGUCUACAUUUAUUCACGGGAAGAACACAGAUCAUCAGUGAGCUCGGAAACGGACUGUAAACAUCAGCUCAGGCCGAGGCUCUGUGUUAUUAAGAAAGGCCCCAAUGGCUUCGGCUUCAACUUGCACAGUGAUAAAUCCAGACCGGGCCAGUACAUCAGAGCUAUAGAUGAGGACUCGCCAGCAGAGAUGUCCGGUCUCAGGCCCAAAGAUCUGAUAAUACAGGUGAAUGGGGUUUCAGUGGAGGGGAAGCAGCAUUCUGAGGUGGUGGCUGCUAUCAAAGCCGGUGGAGAAGAAACAUCUCUGCUGGUCGUAGAUCCUGAUACAGAUGCUUUCUUUAAGAAAUGUAAAGUGACGCCCAAUGCAGAGCACAUCACAGGACCAUUACCUGAACCUGUGCUUAACGGGAACAUGGAGAAUAAGGUUAAUGGAAAUGUGGCCAAAGAAGUGGUGCUGAAGGACUCCAAGGUAUCAGUCAGUCCAUCCCCAUCCAAUUCAUCAUCCAUUACCUCUCUCACGACUCCGCCCACUGGGACUCCGCCCCCUGAGGCUGUGGAGGAGUCUAUCGUAAAUGCCAUACCAGAGCUGAAUCUGUCUCUACAGCAGGUAAAGGAACGCGCUCACCAGAAACGCAGCAAUAAGAGAGCGCCACCUAUGGACUGGAGCAAGAAAAAUGAACUGUUCAGUAACUUAUAAACCUCUCGUAGCUAUAGACAUCAUGUUUUUUUUAAAGAGUAGAUAUAAAGGCGGAGUGCAUGAUUUCUGAAAAACGCUUUGGAUGAGGGAGUCGGGCUGACUACCAAAACACACCAGUAGCCAAUCAGCAGUAAGUUGGGUGUAUACUAAACGACAUUGUUGUCUGGGUUGUGUAUGGAUGGUCCAGAUUUUAUCAGGGUAAGGGCGUGUUUGUUUAGGUGAUUUCAAAUGUCAACAUUGGCUUUCAGAGAUCAUGUACCCUGCCUUUAAUGAGGUUUAAAGCAGUCGACUCAGUAUGAUAUAUAUGAACGGUGUGUAUAUCCUGUAUACACACAGAUUUAUAUUGUAUUCAGAAGAUAUAUUUUACUAACAUCAGAUUUUUAGUAAACGGAGCAAACAGAAUGUAAAAGUCUACAACUGUGAUGUAUUACAAUCAAUGGCUGUGUUUGGAAUGAAAUACUAACUUAGGGUGUUUUCACACCUAGUUCGCUUGAGCGAGUUCAGGGUGUAUAUGUGAACAAACCGAGUGAUGUCAGACCCCCUUAAAAGGACCUAAAAGUGAACCGAACACAGACCAUGUCCGAAGGUGGUUUGAGUAUGGUUGAGUAUGCAUAGAAAGCUGGGGUCUGAGUUCUUAUGAAGUUGUGAUGUGAACAAGAAAGGGUAUGAGAUCACUUCUAGUCUGAAGAGGACCCAAAAAAAGAACUGGGUCCUCGUUUGAGUCCACUAUAUUGUGAACACCAAAAGGAUUGAGGUCACAUUCGGCUAAUUCACUUUAAGUGAACUGGAUUUGGUUCUUUUAAAAUGAACUAUAUGUGAAAACACCCUACACUACCAAUAUUAUAUGGUGUACAUAUAAUGUAUACUGCCCGUUAUGUUUUUUAUGAAUUUGUAGAGUCAUUAAAGAAAAAAAACUUUAUCACACUGGAAUUGAAGGUCGACCACAUUGCAUUACGGGAUACAUCAAUACUGUAUGUGCUUCGUAAUACAGGACAUAUUUUGGAUAAAAAACACAGCAUCAUUGUAUUCAAUACAUAUAUUCACAUACUAUGGAUGGACUAGGGUUGCAAAGCGACAUCUGCUUCCGUUUUAGGUCAAUUUUCCACGGGAAUCUUGGGAGUUUUGGAAAUAUUCAAUAUUGGAAAAUUAUUUGGAAAUGUAUAUAAACUAGGGCUGUCAAAAGAAUAAUCAUGAUUAAUCACAUACACUAUAAAAUUCUUUGUUUGCAUAAUAAAAGUAUUCAAUUAAAUUUUAUUUGUAUAGCGCUUUUCACAAUUGUUAAUUGUUUCAAAGCAGAAAUUACAUGAAUAGAUGUAGGGGAAAAACACAGUAUAAUCGAUAGAUAGUAUAAGAAGCAGAAUACAGUGGCUAAGAAUAAACCGUACAAGCGAGCGUAGUAAUAAUGUAACGUAUACAGUAAAGUGCUAAGUUAAGCCAAUGUUGGCAGACUCUCCAUGGGAUGAAAAACCCUGUGGGAAAACUCCUAGAAGGACAAAAACCCUUAAGAGAGAUUAAUAUAUAUUUACAUAUAUAAACACGGUAGGGAUAGGAAGCGGGUAAGCAGAUUAAACUGGUUCAGCCGGUGGUCGUUGGUCAGGCAUCGGCUGGGCAUCACGUUGAAGGAGAGCCAGUAGAUCAGUGGUGUGAUGACUUUCACAGCAGCAGGAACUGGGUCUGUUUGUCUCAUUGUCCUCGGGGUCGAGGGCCGAGACAGGAAGAGAAAAACAGAAUCCUAUUAGCGUAGGGGCCGUUCGCAUGUAAUGCAAGUGUCAUACAGUAUUGUGGUUUAAAAUCAGCUCGGUUCCAGACAGGCUACCUAUUGCGGCAUAAGUAUAUUACCCAGAUGAGUUAUGUGAAUGCUUUGUUCUAGAAAACUAACUAUUGCGGGAUAGGUACAUUUACUUGACAUUUUAUGAGAAUGCUUUGUUAAAGAAGAAUGUCUUAAGUUUAGAUUUAAAGUGAUCGACUGUGUCUGACACUCAAACAUUAUUUUUUGCUAGGAUGUGAGCAGAUGUAAAGCUGGGUAUCGUCCACAUAGCAGUGAAAACGUAUGUUAUGUUUCCUGAUAAUGUCUCCUAGAGGUAACAUAUAUAACGAGAACAGGAUAGGACCUAAAACUGAUCCCUGCGGUAUACCGUAUUAAAACAGGGAGUGAUAUGACUGUGUGAUAUGAGUGUGUGUUUACUGUGUGUAUAUACAAAUACACACAUAUGAAUUUAAGAAAAAUUUUAUAUAGGUAAAAAAAAUAUAUAUUUAUAAAUAUAUAAUCGCAAAUAUAUUUAUAAUAUAAAAUAUAUCAAAAUAUUUCUUAAAUACAAACAUUGUGUGUAUUUAUAUAAUUACACACAGAGCACAAACAUAAAUUAUGCAAAAAACUUUUAUUUUGUAUGCAAUAAAUUGCAUUGAAUCUAUUGACAGCCAUGUCAAAACCCUAUUAUAUGCAACUCCCAGUUUAUUCCCAUGGAAAGUUUCCAGCAACCCUAUUGUGGACACUAUACACAAACAUGACUAUAGUGUGUUAGUAUGUUAUUCCAUAUGUAGCCAUUGUAUCUAAUCUACUGUGUGUGUGGUAUUUUAAGCAGAUGUGUGUUUGUGUGUGUACAGCUGUAUAGGGUUGGAUGCGUGAUCGUGCUGUACAGGGGUGCAAGUGAAUUACCAAACAAUGCAGUUUAACUUUUAUUCUUUAUAGCUGUUCCCAUCCUUAACCUCAAGUCUCUGUUGAGACACAUUUCAUUUCUGUAAUGGACCAAAUGAAGACUGUAGAUAGAAACGCAUCUUAUUGUCAGCCAAUGAGUUAAUUUGUUAACUAUGAAAACAGAUCAUAUACUGUAGGUAUUUCAGCAGGUUUCUUUUUUAUAUCUAGAUUUAUCCACAUAUGUACAUGCUAUUGUGUAAUACUGCAUUUUCAAUCACUGUGAUGAAUUAAUUCUUGUAUGUGUGCACAUGUGUAUGUUAUUUUUUUCUACGUAAUUUCAAUA